GGCCCUGCCGUGCUCUGGUGCUGCUGAACCCGCAGAGCGGCUCCGGCCGCGCCCUCGACGACUUCCAGGCCGUGGUGCAGCCCAUGCUGGCCGAGGCUGAGAUUGCCACCACCAUCUUCAUCACCGAGAGACCCCACCACGCGCACGAGAAGGUGCGGGAUGAGGACCUGUCGCAGUGGGACACGCUGGUGGUCAUGUCUGGGGACGGGCUGCUGUACGAGGUGGUGAACGGGCUCAUGGAGCGUCCGGACUGGAAGGACACCAUGAAGAAGCCGCUGUGCAUCCUGCCAGGAGGCUCUGGGAAUGCCCUGGCUGCCUCCAUCAACUACUAUGCAGGCUACGAUCACGUCGCCAAGAAGAAGCUGCUGACGAAUUGCACCUUCAUCCUGUGCAAGGGGCUGCACACACAGAUGGACCUGGUCUCACUGAGCACGGCCUCGGGCAAGCGCUUCUUCUCCUUCCUCGGCUUCGGCUGGGGCUUCAUCUCGGACGUGGACAUCGACAGCGAGAAGUACCGCUGGCUGGGCAGCGCCCGCUUCACCCUGGGCACCCUGCAGUGCCUGGCCAAGCUGCGGGUGUACCAGGGCCGCCUGUCCUACCUGCCCGCCGGCCCCGAGCAGGGCCCCUCCCCGGCCCCCAGGGACCCUUCCACGCCUGUCCCCAACGGCCAGGCCGGCCACGUCCUGCCGCCGGCGGGGACGGACGCGCCCGGUUCCCUGCCCACCGACUCGCUGCUGGCGCCGCUGGGGCAGGCGGUGCCGGCGCACUGGACCGUGGUCCCCGAGGAGGAGUUCGUCCUGGUCUACGCCAUCUACCAGUCCCACCUGGGCACCAACCUGCUGAUGGCACCGGCGGCCCGGCUGCACGACGGCUGCAUCCACCUCUUCUACAUGAAGGCCGGCAUCAGCCGCGUGGCGCUGCUGAAGCUCUUCCUGGCCAUGUCCAGGGGGACCCACCUGGACUUGAACUGUCCCCACCUGUGCUACGUCCCCGUCCGGGCGUUCCGCCUGGAGCCGCGGGUGGCCGCGGGCAUCAUGACGGUGGACGGCGAGGCCCUGGCGUGUGAGCCCGUGCAGGGCCAGAUCCACGGCCGCCUCUGCCGCGUCGUCAGCGGCUCCUGAGCUCCGGGUUCGCCCUCCCUGCAGCGCUGAGCUGCCGGCACGGCCCAGCACGAGGGUGGCAGAGCCUUCCUCCCACUCAGGAACAUCCCCCUCCUCCUCCUCCUCCUCCUCCCGUAGCAAUAGGUCUUGGGGGCUGCGGGGCUCGUCCCCUCGCUUGCCCCCACGCUUAGCUUUACCCCCUCGGGGACAGCCAUCAGCGCUGUCCCAAAAAUGAGCCACGAGCCCCAUCAGGUACUCGGUGCCGGCGAGACGCCAGCGUGUUUCAUCCUGGUACGAGGUCCCGGUCCAGGCGGCUGCGCCGGCACAGCCCCGUCCCCUCCCCGGCUCGGACGCACACGGUGGCAUUGCUCGUGUCCCCGCCCGCCGCGGAGCCAGUGCCACCCCCCCAGGGAUGGUCAGGACCAAUAGAUCUAAUACAGGAAACCGACUUUUUUUUUAAAGAAUGUUUCUACCCAAAGCUUCCUGUUAGAAGCAGAGUUUAUUCUUGUGAUAAAUGCAAUAAAUGUCUAGCGUUUGCAAAAAAAAAACC